ACCCCUGUUCACCAAUAUUAUAAUAACACCGUACCAGUCGGCGCUACGUAUAGCCACACUUGAAACGAUCUCGGAGCGUCUUCAAAGAAUAGUCCAUGCCCGCAAGGAGGCGCCCUCCUCGUCCCGGGGCGCUCACGGAGCUCCCACCGUUAAAAAUCGUCCGGAAGAUCCUCCUUCUCCAAGCCCUCUACUAUGUCUGCAUAACCGCUCUUGUCAUCUUCACCACCUUGGUGGCUGGUACAGUGUUUUCUCUUGAUCUUAUAUUUGGAUGGGAUAGUUUGCGAGGAGACACUACGGUAGGGUGGAUGUUGAGUUUGGUAUGGAUAUUGAAUAGUUUCAUUUGUGUCAUAUUUCUCCUCAUCUUCGUUUCGCGCUCCAAGCUCAUCCCCGACUUCGCGCUCACGAUACAUUUCAUCCACUUGCUCAUCGUCUUCUUCUACACUCAUUCCGUACCGAGAAAUCUACUUUGGUGGUCCCUUCAACUCGCAAGUGCGGCUCUCAUGACCUUUGUCGGGAUCUGGGCCUGUCAAAGACGGGAACUAGCGCCCAUCACUUUUGGUCUGGGUCUUGGACUGGGAGGCCCUGAUCAAAGCGGAUCAGGUAGCGGCGAUGGCGGCGCCGCAGCGCAGUCUAAUGAAAUAGGGGGAUCUUCUCAACAGCCGAAUUCGCCUGAUCUCGAGAACGGGAUGCCGGGUUUCUCUCGUGGGCGAAGAGGCCGCAAUCGAGAGGAGUAUGAGAUGGUGCCUAUGAAAGAAGCAGAAGGACAUACUGCAUAA